UUUGUCUGCGCUGUCACAUGGGCCGCGGUGCGGGAUUUAAGCGGGUCUCCGCAGGACAUGCCGUGAGCGGCGCGCCGCAGCCCUGCCCGCAGCGGCAGCGCUCCGCCCGGCCGGGGAUGCGGCUCUAGCGGCCCCGCGAUGAGCGGCUCCUCCAUGGCGAAGAGCGAGUCCCGCACUUCGCUGCUGAAGGCGGCGGGGAGCCGGCGGGCGGCGGGCGGCCAACCCCAGCCCCGCGGCAGCCGCGUCCGGGACGGCAAAGGACAAGGCGGGCAGAUGGGGAGGGAGCUGAGCCAGGAGCAGCUCCCCGGGGAGCCCAGUGCCCGCAGGCCGCUCUGCCACCCAGGCGCUCGGGAGGACGGAGCGAGGGGCGCGGGGAAGCUGUCACAUGGACGGGGGGAGAGUCAGCCCGAGCCGGCGGAAGGAGGUCCAAGGAGAGGCAGCGGCAAGGAACCGGUGCGGACAUCCAGGCAGCAUCACCACCUCCCGCCGCACGCCAGCCACGGUCACCCCCAGGACCAGCAUCAGCUCUCAGACAGGGAUGGGGAGGAGGCAGAGGAGGACUUUUUCUUCAGUCACAGGCAGAGGUCCAGCAGAGAGUCCCUGAAGCUCUCGGAAGGCGCUUCACCUCUGUCCAAAUCCAGCAGCAAGUGCUCCACCAAGUCCAGCGGCAGCGAUCGGUCAGUGGAAGCGGAUCCCCUCAUCCAGGAGCUGCACCCCAUGCUCAGCUCGGUCUUUGGCCAGAUCCGCCAUGACGAGAAGACGAGCUAUAAAGCUGUCCAGACGAGCGAAGAGGGGUCGUCGGCUGGCGAGUACCAGGGUCCGCUCAUGGUGCUGGCCCAGAACUGCGCCGUCAUGCACAACCUGCUGGGGCCAGCAUGCAUCUUCCUGAGGAAGGGCUUCGCAGAAAACAGGCAGCCUGAUAGAGAACUGCGUCCGGAAGAAAUUGAAGAAUUAAGAGAAGCCUUUAAGGAGUUUGAUAAAGACAAGGAUGGGUUUAUUAACUGCAGGGACCUGGGGAACUGCAUGCGGACCAUGGGCUACAUGCCCACUGAGAUGGAGCUAAUAGAGCUAUCCCAGCAGAUCAACAUGAACUUGGGCGGCCAUGUGGAUUUUGAAGAUUUUGUUGAGCUGAUGGGACCAAAACUUCUAGCAGAGACUGCAGACAUGAUUGGUGUAAAAGAACUCCGUGAUGCCUUCAGAGAGUUUGACACCAAUGGAGAUGGGGAGAUCAGCACCAGUGAGCUGCGAGAAGCCAUGAAGAAACUUCUAGGGCAGCAGGUGGGUCACCGGGAUAUUGAAGAGAUCAUCCGGGACGUGGAUCUGAACGGAGAUGGGCGUGUUGAUUUUGAAGAGUUUGUUCGCAUGAUGUCCCGUUGAAGAUUAUUCUCAGCUAAAGAAGAAUCAGCACCUUAGAGAGGGCAGAAGAGGACCUGGCUGGAGCAUCUAGCCCCGAUGUUCCUACGUGAAGGUUUAUCGGCUGGCUGCAAUUAGGACAUUGCAAGAUGACCUGCUGCUCCUCCCUCAUGGUGGUCCCCAUGCCCCUCCACCCUUUCACACUGUGAAAGACUUGCAACUUCCUACAACUGGAACCAUUCCUUGAAGAAGAUUGCAGGAAACUGCAGA